AUGCAUGUGAAAUCUGAUGCGAACGACCAGCUGGCUGUGACCUACACUGUCGUCGCCGCCACCGUGCCUGGCACCAACACGACCGACACAGGCACCAACACCACCAACCCAGGCACCAACACGACCAACCCCAGCACCAACACGACCAACCCCGGCACCAACACCACCAACCCCGGCACCAACACCACCAACCCCGGCACAAACACGACCAACCCCAGCACCAACACUACCGCCCCAACUCCGACGGCCAACCUCGUCGUAUCUGGCCUCGCAAUCGUCGCAAUCACCCCUUACUUGGGACCGCCAUUCGAACUGCUGGCGACAGACUCAGUGUUUGUGAACUUCAACAUAACCAACAACGGCAGCGCCGCCUCGCCCGUGACCACUAAGGCGUUCUGGAUCGAGAAAGCCACGGCACCCACCUGCAACGACGGGGGCACCGUCCUUCCAGUGGCCCCGCUCGCGCCGGGCGAGUCCAGGACCGAGAGUCUCUUUCAGAGGUUGCCCGGCGCUCCCGGCUUGUACACAUUCCGGGUAAUGGUGGACAACACGUGCACCGUGAACGAAGUUAGCGAGACCGAUAACAUCGCCUCCCUGCCCUACCUCAUCUCCGCCACCAUUGGACCAAUUGCCAACCUGGCACUCACGUCGCUCGUUCUGAGCCCCAGCCCCUCAUCAGGCGCCUUCACGCCCGGCCAGCUUGUGAACGUGACCGUCGGUGUCUUGAACAACGGCACCGCCCUGAUUAACAGUGCCGUCGCUGCGUUCAGUGACAGUCCCGAUGCGCCGCCUUGUAGGGAGCCGGGCAGGGCUGCUGUCGCUGCGUCAGCAGCUCUGCCCGGUGGUUCCAGCGCCAACAUCACAUUUGCUGUCCCGGUCUCCCUUUCGUUCGGAGCCAAGACACUCAGGCUGGUCCUGGAUGCCGACUGCUUGGAGGUUGAGUCCACUAGGGCAGACAACUUUGCCAGUGUCUCGUACAAUGUGGCAGGCCCCGACUUUGUUGUGAGCAACCUGCAGGUGAUCUCAUUAGGGGGUCCGGUGCUGCAGGUCGGCACUAUCUUCUCGGUCAACGCGACCAUCACAAACGUCGGCACCGCGGCUGGCGACCCGGGCUUGUUUGGCGCCUUCACCACCAUCUCCUCGCCUGCCGCGUGCGGCGACGCCCGGCUGAACAGCCCCCUGAGCAGCUACCCGUGGUCGGCUGGCUCGAUCGCCCCUGGCGCCAGCGUGACGGCCCAAUUCACUGGAUUCAGGGCUGAGGCCGUCCCCGGCAAAUAUGUGUUGUGGUUUGUGGUGAACUACCUGUGCCAGCCCCAGGAGCCCAACUUUGUCGACAACCAGCUGAACUUCACGUACACCAUCUAG